AUGCAGGGCGUCUUUGACGUGCCACCGAUGCCGAUGCCACAUUCGAUACAGCCUUCCCCGGUGUCCCGACACCGACAGGUCAGCUCUGCACCACAGACAGCGACCCUGACUCCCUCUGCGCCAUGUAUGUCGACUUCCCAGUUGCUGGACCCUGCGGCGUUAACCGGUGCUCUGAACGACGAGAGCUGGGCGAGGAUGCAUCGGCCCCAGCAGAGGCAGCUCCAUACGCUUGGCAGAAGCGAGGACACAUUGCAGCGCGUGGACACCAUCCCCAACGAAGUGGGGCAGUUUGACUUCACCGGGGUGGGUGAGUCGAAGUCGAUGUGGACUAAUUCGCUGUCUCAGAACGUCCCUGCUCCUAGCUGGCUGCAAAGCUCUCAGCCUUGUUCUGUGGUCGUCCCUGCCUACUCGAGCAAGCAACGCUUACGUGACUUUUCCUAUGAGCCGCCACGCAGCCGUGCCCCUCUUAGGUACUACUACCCAGUCCGAAGCCGAUCCAGCACUCCACGGAAGGAGUACUCGUCUCCUACGCCUCGCUACAUGAACGCGUUGAAAUCCACCUAUGGGACCAUGCCCUCUGCGCAGCCUGCUGCAACGGCAACUGCAGCGGCGGCAACUCCAGCGGCACAGCCCACCACUCAGGUAUGGCAGACGGCUGCGCCGGCCCCGGCGUACACCAAAAGCCUCGCCCCUGGCAGCUUCCACGGUGGGAGCCAGCAGACUCUGGCGCAGUACCUGAAGCAGGUCCCGACGCCCGGGAGGUUCCGAAACGCAGCGCCAUCUGCAAUGCCGACCACACUGGCCCCCAGCGGUUCAAGCUACUUGACCAGUGGCAAGGAUUCGGCACCUACCUCUCUGUGCAGCACCGUUAAUCGCACGAACCAGGCUUGCCGGCUGCAGCCGCAACCCGUGCCGACGAUACCUGGUCAGAGUGCACACUCGCUGCUGGGCCCCGCUGCUCGGCCGGGCCAGCCGACUGACCUGGUUCAGACGAUUCAGCUGACUCAGGCAGAUCUUCAGGAGAGGAUGACCAAGCAGCAGCAGCAGCAGGUGCAGGAGAAAGAGCAGGAGUUGCAGCUCACCAAAGUCAGUUUGGAAGAGAAGGAUCGCGAGCUGGCCAAGCGCGACAAGGAGCUGAUGGAGAAGGAGGGCGAGCUCUGCGAUCUGCGGUGGCGAGACCAAGCAGUCGAGCGUUUCCUAACAUCUACUCGUUACCAUAACUACUUUACGACACCAGAACAGCCAGAACAGCUCAACGGAUCUGCGCUGUUCAGCAGGAUGAGCCAGACCCAGGUGGUGGACCUAGCCUCUAGGACGAUUGGCCAGAACUGCAUCCAGACAGCAGAGGGCAGGUCUCAGCUGAUCGACCGGGCUCGUGGCCUCCCAUCCGGCCCAUCCUUUCGCGUGGCUGCCCUCAUCGAAGGCUGCGCUCAGGUCUAUGCGAAGGAGGUGGCUCUUUGGCAAGCGGGGGUGGAUGUGUUCCAGCUUACGUUCAAAACCAUCAGGGCGGACACCUUGUUCUUCCCGAAUUCCAUGAUCGCAGAGGGUCGAAACUACCUCUAUGCAACUGCCUCGUAUGUGGAGCUGCAGAUGGGCUAUAGGUACACCUACUACUGCUACUUUGACGCAGACACUGCACUCGAGAACUGGCAUGUGGGAUGGCACAACUUCGAGAGCUUCCUGCGCGAGUGGGAGCCUGCAGUGGGAUUGCCGAGCCUGGACGGCUACAGCAGCGUCCUGGAUGUCUAUCGAAAGGAGGACGGUGCCGCGGUGAGAACCGUUCUGAAUUUUGACCACACUGUAGAAGCCGUGCACUCCGAUGCUGCGCCCCGUUUACUGCCCUAUGUUCUUGACCUUGACGAAGACUGCCAGUGGGUAUCUCAAUGGCGUUUUGCCUCCUUGGCAACUGCCUUGUUCCCGGAGCAUGUCUUGUUGACGCAUGAUGUCCUGGUCCAGAACACUGCGCACGGACACUACAGUAGGGAAUACUGCCUGGAGCGCAUGAUGGAGGCAACAAUGGAACUCCGAGCGAAGAUGCCCAAGGCUGCCAGCUGCUUCGUUGAACCCCGCAACGAGGCUCUUUCGCUGAACGGAAAGCUUCGUCUCUCGGCCUAUCUGCCCUGGGCCAGAGCCCUGAAGCGGUCGGAAGCGGAGGAAGCAAGGCAGAACUACGACAGCCCCGAGAUUCUCAGCUCACUGUUGCGGGGUUGCGAGGACCUGGGGGCCGUGAGGGCAUUGAGCCAACAAGCAGACCACUCCUGGUGCCGUGGCUGCCCAACGAGCAUGGCCUUUGCGAUGCUGCAGUACAUCGUCGUGCAGCGCCCUAUGGAAUUCGUGGGAUGGCUGCGUCUAGCGGACUUCACAGCCGCGGCGGUUGCGAAUCGCGACGAACUUCUCAUCUCCGAGAUGUGCCUCAGCGUCGCCGUGCGGAUGCUGCGCUGCAUCAAGGGGAUUGAUGGCAGCCGCGUCUCAUGGAAGGAGCUCAAGAAAUUCCAUGCUGCCCAUGUGGAGUUCGGAAUCCACGUAGAGCCGAAUGAAGAAUCAGUGCAGGAGAUUGAGCGGCUCACGCUGACUCCCUCUCGCCGAGAUACCGUGAUCGCAGCGCUUCGGUUGGCGCUGACUCCGCAAGGAGAUCUCAUAGAGCCGGUGUCGCUGAUGGCGGACGAGAAAAUCGGGUCUCUCGUCGAUUGGCUCUUUAGUUGCCCCACAGCUGGCGGAGCUUAA